UUCGCCAUUUAGCUUUCAAGUCAAUACUUUCCAAGUCUUAGUCUUCUUCUCUAUCACUUAUUUUCCCAUCAAUUAAGCUAUGUCACUUAUCUCUAUUUUCCGUUGUUUCCUUCAAACAAUCUCAAAUAGCUCACCUAUAUACUUCAUUUCAUCCAUUACUUUGAUCUUUGAUCUUUGAUCUCUUAGCCAGAAAUGGAUCCCUGGCUUUCCUUUCAGUCUACUUUUCUUGUUCUUGUGUUCGUUAUAUUCAUGGUUUUCGUCGAGGUUCCGGUGUCUCUAUGCUCCUAUGAUUGGUAUUCAAGUUGUAGCAAUCGGUUUGAUUGCGGGCACAUCACUGGCGUGGGUUAUCCAUUCUGGGGUGAUCGCCGACCAGAGGGCUGCGGCCAUCCAGAUUUAGAGCUCAAGUGUUCGAGAAAUAUCACCACCAUCGAAAUUAAGAAGGUAACAUACCGCGUUUUGGAUGCCUAUCCUAGCACCAAAAUCCUCAAAAUUGUCAGGAAGGACUACUUGGUGGGUGGAAUUUGUUCAACAGACUUCGUGAAUACCACCCUCGAUUCCGAGUUUUUUGAUUAUAGCCCUGACUACGUUAACAUUACGUUACUCUAUGGUUGCCCUCCACCCAGUAUCCCAUCACCAUUAUAUUUCUCUUGCCCCAGCCCUGAUUCUUGUGCAAAAAGCGUGGUUGUUCCUGUACUUUUUGGAACUGAUCAUUAUCAAGGUACUCCUAAUUUGUCAACAAUUGAAGAAACCAUCAAAGGAGGAUUUUAUGUGAAGUGGAAGGAGGAUGCAGCUUGUAGUGCCUGCACCGGGUCUAAGGGGGUUUGUGGUUAUGACCCGAGUAAGAAUCAACCUACUUGCUACUGCCCAAAUCAACCAAAUGGGUUACCAUGUGGCGCCGGAGCCCCCCAAGCGCCAACAAGUGCAUCAGGCAAGUCUAAGAGAAAUACUGUACCCCUUGCACUAGGCAUUGCCAUAGGAGGAGGUAUUGCAGUGGUGAUCUCUUUCGUGAUUAUCUGUAGCAUUAAGAGAGGAUACUUUACAAGUAAUUCAAUGGUCUGGUGGAAAAGAGAUGCAAAGGACAAUCACUUUAAAACUGAGGAAAUCAUAAAGAGUUAUGGAUUGCUAGCCCCAAAGAGAUAUACUUAUUCAGAUGUGAAGAAAUUGACCAACUCAUUCAAAGAAAAGGUAGGACAAGGAGGAUACGGUGUUGUAUACAAAGGGAAGCUACCCGAUGGGCGUAUGGUGGCAGUAAAAAUCCUGAGCGCGUCUAAAGGUAAUGGAGAAGAAUUUAUCAACGAAGUGGCUAGCAUUAGUAGAACAUCCCAUGUUAAUAUAGUCGCUCUUCUAGGUUUUUGUUACGAGAGGACUAAAAGUGCUCUAAUAUAUGAAUUCAUGCCUUAUGGAUCUCUUGAUAAGUUCAUAUAUGAUAAAGGACAUCCAAUUACAAAUUGUCACUUGGACAGCAACACUAUGUUCCAAAUAGCGGUUGGCAUUGCUCGAGGACUAGAAUAUUUGCACCGUGGAUGUAACACAAGGAUCCUACAUUUUGACAUAAAACCACACAAUAUACUUUUGGAUGAGGAUUUGCGCCCAAAAAUCUCUGAUUUUGGCCUUGCUAAACUAUGCAAAACAAAAGAAAGUAUUGUGUCAAUGACGGGCAUGAGAGGGACUGCAGGAUAUAUUGCACCGGAAGUCUUUAGUCGGUACUUUGGUGGGGUUUCCCACAAGUCUGAUGUCUACAGUUACGGAAUGUUGGUUUUGGAAAUGGUUGGAGCAAGAAAAGAAAUUGAUAGUGAACUCUCUCAAACCAGCAAAACGUACUUUCCACAUGGGAUUUAUAACAAACUUGAACAGGGUGAGAGUUUUGUAACUUUGGGGGAUAUAACAGAAGAGGAAGAAGACACAAUAAAAAAGAUGAUAAUGGUGAGUUUAUGGUGCAUUCAAACAAAUCCUUCAGAUCGGCCAUCAAUAGGUAAAGUGAUCGAGAUGUUAGAAGGUAGCCUUCAAUCCUUACAAUUUCCACCAAAGCCUGUCAUGCAUUCACCUGUGAGGUCACCUCAAGAUUCUUCCACAACUUCACAGUCACAGAAUCCAACAUUUUAAAUGGUUACAAUUGUAUGGUAAGAUUUAAUAAUUUUAUAUAAAUAGGUUGUGAUGAGCUGUCUACUCGAACAAUGGUGCAAAAGUAAUCUGUUUGGAAUGGAUGGAGUCAAGUUGAGGAAGGGCUAGAAGAGUUUUGUGAACUUGCUAAUCUUGCUAGAUUUUGAGCAGCACUGAUUGGUCUAUGCAUAAUCGUGUUUACAUGAGUCGCUUGCUUUUUCUGUAUCGGAAGCGUUCUUAUUUUCUUUCUCCUCCAAACUAUAAUACUUCCUUCGAGUGAACUUAAACAUCUUUAAUCCCUUUUGUGUUUUGGUCAUGUACUUGCCCACGAAGAAAAAAAGAACUUUGUCAA